AGGCUGCGUCUCCUCAGCUCCUCAGCUUCUGGGGGACGGCGGCGCCGCAACUUUUGACAUUUUGGCGGCUGAGGCGCGCGCCGGCACUCCCGGGCCGACUGCGGACCCUCGAGGGCCCCUCAGCCGCGCUCCGGCGCUCCCGCCGCCCCGGGUCGGGCGGCCACGAGGCCCGGCCGCGUCCUCCCGCGCUCGCCCGCCGGGCGGCUGCAGCCAUGUCGCGGGGGCCGGAGGAGGUGAACCGGCUCACCGAGAGCACCUACCGGAAUGUUGUGGAACAGUUCAAUCCUGGGCUACGAAAUUUAAUAAACCUAGGAAAAAAUUAUGAAAAAGCUGUUAAUGCUAUGAUCCUGGCGGGAAAAGCCUACUACGAUGGAGUUGCCAAGAUUGGUGAGAUUGCCACCGGGUCCCCUGUGUCAACAGAGCUGGGCCGUGUUCUCAUAGAGAUUUCAAGUACCCACAAGAAACUCAAUGAGAGUCUUGAUGAAAAUUUCAAAAAAUUCCAUAAAGAGAUUAUAUAUGAACUGGAGAAAAAGACAGAACUUGAUGUAAAAUACAUGAAUGCAACUCUCAAAAGAUACCAAACAGAACACAGGAAUAAAUUAGAUUCUUUGGAGAAAUCUCAAGCUGAAUUGAAGAAGAUCAGAAGGAAAAGUCAAGGAGGACGAAAUGCACUCAAAUAUGAACACAAAGAAAUUGAGUAUGUAGAAACUGUUACUUCUCGCCAAAAUGAAAUCCAAAAAUUUAUUGCGGAUGGUUGCAAAGAAGCUCUACUUGAAGAGAAAAGGCGCUUCUGCUUUCUGGUUGACAAACACUGUAGCUUUGCAAAUCACAUACAUCAUUAUCAUUUACAGUCUGCAGAAUUGCUUAAUUCCAAACUGCCUAGGUGGCAGGAAACCUGUGGUGAUGCCACCAAAGUACCAGAGAAAAUCAUGAAUAUGAUAGAAGAAAUAAAGACCCCAAUCUCUACCCCAAUAUCCGGAACGCCUCAGCCUUCACCAAUGAUCGAGAGACGCAACGUGGUUGGGAAAGAUUAUGAUACCCUUUCUAAAUAUUCGCCAAAGAUGCCCCCACCAGCUCCUUCAGGCAAAGCAUAUACCAGUCCUUUGAUUGAUAUGUUUAAUAACCCAGCAACAGUUGCACAGAAUUCAGAAAGGAUAAAUAAUUCAACAGAUUCUUCAGAUGAUCCCAGUUUACCACGAUCAGUUUCUGUUGCAACUGGACUGAACAUGAUGAAAAAGCAGAAAGUAAAAACUAUUUUUCCACAUACCGCUGGCACUAACAAGACCUUACUUAGCUUCGCACAAGGAGAUGUCAUCACACUGCUCAUCUCUGAGGAGAAAGACGGCUGGCUUUAUGGGGAACAUGACAACACCAAAGUGAGAGGUUGGUUCCCAUCAUCAUAUACAAAGUUGCUGGAAGAAAAUGCAAAGGAGACAGUGAAUGUGCCUACGCCAAGCCCAGCACCAGUAAGAAGCGUCAGCACGGUGGACUUAUCUGAGAAAAGCAGUGUUGUCAUCCCCCCACCUGAUUACUUGGAAUGUUUGUCCACGGGAGCGGCUGCAGAUAAGAACGUAGAUGUUUCUAAAAAUACUUCCACCUUUAAAGCACCAGUGUCUAAACCCGAAACCACAUCUCCUAAGGAUGCAAAUGGGACUGCAAAGCCUCCAUUUCUCAGUGGAGAAAACCCCUUUGCUACUGUGAAACUCCGACCGACAGUGACAAAUGAUCGAUCAGCACCAAUCAUUCGAUGAGAAGGUGGCCAAGGAAUCCUUCUGGUUCCUCUAAUGCUAAGUUCUCACUUGCAAAAUGUUAGGUAUAUAUUCUGUGAGAUGUGCUGUAACUGUCGUAACGCUUUACCAGAGGGUGUCUGAUUUUAAACGUAUUCUACUUGAGCAAAUCAAUGCAUUUUCUCAAUUUAACAUGGUUGGGUUUACACAUUUCUGUCUUUAAGAAGAUAAAUGAGUAAUAGUUUAGUGACCAACUCAAUCAUUUAAAAUAGUUUCUUCCUAUUCUGUUCAAAAAACAGUAAAUUUGGUUCCAAUCCUUAUUGUAUCUUUUUUUUUUAAUAUUCUAUGAUUAUUUUUUUAAUAGCCAGAAUAAGGGAUAGUUGAUGCUUUCAUGACUGGCUUUCUGUACCUGAAUGCAAAAGAGACCACAGUUUUAUUUUAUAAAGCAUGUGCUCUUAAGUAGCAUUAUGAUGUAUAUCUAGAAAAUAUUGUGUAAAUUUGCAUCUUAGCAUGCAAAUCAUAAUUUUAAGCAAUAUAAAUUAUGAGAAUAUUGUAUAAAAUUUUAUUUUUUAAUUUAAAAUUUUUUAAAUUUUUGUUUAAUCAAAUGUAGAGCUACCAAAUUAAUAGAAAUUUAGGUGGAGAAAUCUCCAACUUUCCCACAAUUUAGACAUAGCUAUAGAGUGCUAAGACAUUUUGCCCAUCCCUGUUCACAGCCAUAGUAUUUAGUACUUGAAGAAUUCCCAGGAGCUACCAAAUUUGGUAGUUCUGAGUUACCAACUGGACUGUCCGAGGAAAACACACCAGGCCAUGCUGCAUGUGGGCCUGGUUCAUAGGGUAAUCCAUCUGAGUGCAUCUGAGGACUCCACGUAUGUGGUAACCUGGGUGUUCUCCAUAAGCCAGUUGACCAAAGCUGCCUCCCUCACUAAUUUACUCUGAAACCUCUUGGGGUCCAGGUUUCUCCACUUUUGAAUCAGGUACUGACCGGCAAUCAGUGCUUAUAAAGCCAGGAGGACCUCUGUGAGCCUGGGAGGGGGAAGGUCUGCAUUUCAGCUGAGACCUGCCGUCACACUCUGGGAACCUGGGCUUCUGUGGGAGGAACCCUGAGCAAGUGGCCAAGUUUGUCUCUGGCUGUCAGGGAUGAGGCUCUGUUUUGGAGGAGUGGAGAAUCAUGAUUAAAAUUCACACCUAGGCCAUGCACUGUGUGUAGGCAGGGAAAGGGCGCUUGUUACUUAUCACAGGUCCUUUGGUCUCACCAUAAAUAUGAGUUUUCUAUAAGCUUGAAAUUGGUCAAGGUCAAAUGCAGGUAAACCAGUUUAAGUGUGUGAUGCUUUAGGUUCUUGGUCCUGUCCUCCUGGAUGGCUCACCAAACCAGGGGACCCCACCGAGGGCUGACAAUGCAGGACCUUGUGAGGGCUCCCCCAGGACUGAAUGAAUCAUGCUAACUGCAGUUGUCAAGCAGCACACCUGUCUUAAGAUGCUCCAGCCAGCAAAGAAAACACAAUCAAAUUUAGUUAAGUGGCCCAUUGCUCCUCUCACCAUCUAAGUAAGAGUCGAGUUCACGGCCGCCCAUUAUUUUCAACAAUGGAGAGGGAAUGAGGUGUCGAUUUUGGAAGUGUGUUAAUACGGGGGUGGGAGUGUCAUGCCCUGGCCCUGGCCUUGGCCUCUAGAGCUCCACUCUGGGAUCUUCUGGCUUUGUUACACGGAUAUCAUAGGUCCUGGGAUUUUUAGAUGCAAUUUGCAGACCCACUUGGCUCACCCAACCCCAGUCCACACCUUCACAGAAUGGACUGCAGUGGUCACUUACCUGCCUCACACAGGAUGGGAGGGCUUGCCUUAGGUCCUUGGCACUGAAGUGUAUGCUCUGUAAAUGUCAAGGUAUUAUGUUUCAUUAUAAUAAUAAAAGAGAACUUGAAAACAA